GGAGGUUGGGCGCGUUGAAAUUUAACAAAGAUGAGUGCGCUAGCCUUCCUUAGCGUUGCUCGAGUGUGGGUCCAGGCGCGUGCGUCAUUGAUUGCGAAUACCAUCUCUCGCAGGCGCAUGUUGAGAGCGGUCCUCACUAACAGACAAUACCAUGCCACCCAAGCGUCGCGCCGCCCCGGCAAAAGCGCGCCCGGCACCAAAACGCGCCUCGAAGCUUGCCAAAGAGAAUGGACUGAGCGCAGAUCAGGAAGCUGAGAUUCGCGAAGCUUUUGGACUGUUCGCUGUACAUCAUCCAGAUCACGAGGACUCAAAGGAAGGUGUCUUGCGCAAAGAUGACGUGCGCCGGUGCUUGAUCUCCCUGAACCUGGCGCCAGAAAAGUCCGAAGUCCCUUCGAUUCUCGCGACCAUAGACCCACUCAACACUGGCUUUGUCGAGUUCGUGCCAUUCCUUUCAUAUGCUGCCAUUGCCAUGCACUCGAAGGAGGCCGGGUCAGACGAUGACAUGGAGGAUGACGAUGACAACUACCGGGGCGAGAGCAACGCAGAGGAAGUCAGUGCAGGGUACCAGCUCUUUACCCACGGUGGCCCCGGCCCGAUUACGUUAGGACAUCUGAGGAGGAUAGCGAAAGAACUAAGAGAAGAUGUGCCGGAUGAAGUCUUGAGGGAUAUGAUCCUUGAAGCGAAUGGUGGCGUGCGAGGUAAGGGCAAAGAUGUUGGAGGGGUAUCGUUGGAGGAGUUCGAGAGCGUGAUGAAGCGGGCUGGACUGUCGUUUGGAUGAUCGAAGGCUCUUCGACAGCUACAACAUCUCAAUCCUACUUGGACUCCCAGCAUCCGCCCUGCGACGCGCAUCUGAGCAUUCGGCCGGAGCCUUUCAUGUCUAGACACAUCGGAGACUCGAUCUGAUGGUUCAGACUCAUGUUCGUUGCAGCACGCAACUACCCG